UCUUAAACUAACAUAGUAUUAUCGUUAAUAGCUCAAUGCACUUAAAGACGUAAAUGAACGUUUUACAGACAUAAUUAAACAGUGAAAUAAAUUUGUACCAAAUUUUCACCACACAAAUCGUGAAGCAAAGCGCACUGUCCACAGGCGUCUUGUGAAGCGCACUCAUCGGUUAGUGCGGGUGAAAAUGCACUGCAUCAGUAGCGGUCGGUGUAUGCGAAUCGUUGCAACGCAAUCGCACUCUACAAUCAAACCAAUACAAAAUGCGCCCGCUUUACCAUUAUUGCACACCGCUGCUUUACUGCUGCCUGGUGCUGCUAGUGUCCUUGUGCUUGUGUGCGAUCAAAACCGAGGAAAACUCCAGCUGUCCCGCUUGUGUUUGCGGUAAGGUGCCGAACCCACCGUUACCGAACAGUUUGCGCGUGAUCGGCGGUAACACUUCCGACAUCGACCAGUACCCCUGGAUGGCUGCGCUCUACUAUCGGCAGCAGUUUACCUGCGGUGGAAGUUUGAUUAACGAUCGCUACAUCCUGACGGCGGCACACUGUGUGGCCCGGAUGGAUGCGGCCGGGUUCGAGGUGUACCUGCGGCGUCCGAACAUUGUCACCCUCAACCCCGAAGCCGUACACCGGCGAGUGGCACGGAUCGUAAUGAACCGCUACCAGGAGCUGCGGAACAACAAUGAUGUGGCGCUGCUACUGCUGCAGGAGCCCGUCGGGGUUGCGGAUGGGCUCGUGCCCAUCUGUCUGCCGGUGGAUGGGUCGAACUUUGACGGCAAGGAGGCCAUCGUUACCGGCUGGGGUACGACGGAGAGUGGGGAGCUGUCGGAGCACCUGCAGCAGCUUACCGUGCCCAUACUUACGAACCAGCAGUGCCGGAAGUCGGGUUACUUUCGGUUUCAGAUCACGGCGAAAAUGUUGUGCGCCGGGUACCUGGAGGGGGGCCGUGAUUCGUGCCAAGGUGACAGCGGUGGACCACUGCAGCUGGCGAAGGGUGAAGCGGGCCAGCAGCAGAUUGUGGGCGUUGUGUCCUGGGGCAAUGAGUGUGCCCAACGAAAUUAUCCCGGUGUGUACGCGCGAGUUACCCGGUUCGUGAGCUGGAUCCGAAGCCACAGUCGGGGGGCUUGCUGGUGCACUAACGGGUAAAGGGAUGGAAGAUGGAAAACUUUGUGGCUGUGCCGGUGACAGCGAGCAAUUAAUUUCGAGCAACUCUUCAAGAAUGAGGCAGAAGGAUAUGUGUGUGUGUGUGUGUGUGUGUGUGUGUGUGUGUGCGUGUGUGUGUGUGUGAGAGAGAGUGUGUGUCUGCAGAAUGAACCUUUUGGAGUCGUUAGAAAAGAUUGUGAUGUGAAUUUUUAAAAUGGGUGGAAAAGCGACUGCACAUGAGCGGUGAAGAAUGUGUCCCGACCAGAGCAGCUCCAACAGGUGCUUUGUUGUGUUCCCUUCUCGGUAAAGUGUCUUCUGUCGAACGAAUCGUUCUUUGAAAUCAAAUUUAAGUUAAAUUUCCUGAUUUAAGAGGAACAUUCGAAGGAAAUGAUUCCCUCCCAUUCUACAGAAAGCAAGCGAUACUCCGUCACGUGCAAACGAUAAAACGAUAAUGAUUUGACAGCGGUACCAUCAACCGUCAAUCCCAGUUUUAACGUGAAUAAAUAUUUUAAACGAAACUUUCUCGAUUGGUUUUUACUUUACUUAGCUGAACCAGCCGCGUACGAUGAACACCAACACCGAAGCAUUGUACUUCGAAAAGCAUUAAAUUUGUAGCAGAAUCGGUUCGUGGAGCCGUUCUGUUGCAGUUGUAAUAGAAAGAUUCCUCCCCUUUGUUGUUGUUCUUGUCUGGGUGAUGAAUUUAUGUCAGUCCAAUUGCCGGCGAUUGAGGUUCAUCGUACACGACUGGAUGGCUGGCUGGCUGGAAGAUGAUUACCAUCAAUCAAAAUGAAAUCAUAAAUCAAAUGGUACAAAAUUCAGCAGUUCGUGAAUAAAUCAUGCGUUUCGUCUUCGCUGCUGCUGCUGCUUACAGUACUUAGUGUAAUGAAAUUCUUAAAGAGAAUAGAAGCGUAGCUUCUGAGAUAAAUAGAAAUGGCAUAGCAGAGCAGUGGCAAACAGAAGUUUGGUUUAAAAUUCUAAAAUCAAUAAUUGCUGCUUUCGUCGUAGAUGGGGAGGUCGCUUCAAUUUCAAGUGAAAGAUUAGCUGAUUCCAGGUAUAUUGAUACUGGAGAUGGUACAGCUGUAUCGGAUUUCACGCCCGAGUUUACCGUGCUAUGCCUUGAUACGAAUUUUUAGAUAGAAAUAUAUUGAUGAAGUAUUUGUUUGCUUUUUUAGUCAAAACUCUCAAACAACACCUUACAUUGAAAUAACUACUAACGCCGUAUUGGUUACAAAGCGAUGAGUAUUUUACACGAUAAACUUUUCAUGGGUAACGAAGGCGAUACUAUACCUAAGGUUUUUAUACAAGCAAUGAAAAACUGCUUGGAACAAUUAGACAUUCACAAAUAUCAUAAUAAUAACAUACAGUUAUGCUUCAAAUUACGGACAGCUUCAAAUUCCGGACAUUUGGCAUGUCUUUCUUGAAUAUCUUCAAAUCCAGUCCCUGGUCAUGCCGGUUUUUAUUUUUUAAUAAUUGCCAUGAUGUACUAGAAUAAAUUAAAAAUGUGUCUGGCCCCUAGUAGACCCUGAUGCUGCUGUAAAUAAAUAUUUUCUGUUGGUAUUCGUAGCAGUUUUGCUUCAGAGCCAAUGUUAUUUCUUCGAUAAUUCCUUUUAAACGCGUCCACGUGCAUUGAGAUACAUCGGAAUCCAUAGUUGAAGAAGUUAUCAACGCGAAAACAACAGCGUUUUACCAUAUUGAGUUCUGAAUUUUAUUAAAAAACUAUUUAAUUAUGGUUGGAAUACUAUCUUAUCUUGUUUUAAAUUCUAGACAGCCGAAGUAAAUUGCGAUUUAUUGCAUAAAAACAUGUUUUUACACAGCGAUAAUAACAAGAAAACAACGAUAUUUGAAAAUAUAUGUGGCAAACGCAUUGAUGGCCUCAAACGGGAAAGGCCGUCAAUUCGCGUAGCAGUUCUUGGGUUCCUACGAAUCUACGAGUGCGAGAGAAAAACAGCACCCAAACCCCGUUGUUUUAAGACCGAUGUUCUGUCGAUCUAGGAGGACUCUGACAUCCAGAAUCAAGAGUCCAGACCUUGAAACAAGUUUUACACUAUAAAGGUGUAGUGUGCAUGUAAAUUUGAAGGUUACAAAAAGAAUUUUGAGGCUGUCCAGAAUACGAAUCAAAUCGUCCGUAAUUUGAAACAUGAGCUCAAAACUGUUCGGAAAAUGAAUAAAAAAAUCGAUGCAUUUUCAUGAGUUUUUACAAUGUUUAGAGUAUAAUUACUGGAAAUCCUUUUUUCUCAAAAGAAGAAGGUUCGCUCUAGUAAAGUGAGUAAUACAGAGGCUAGACCGAUUAAAAUUGAAAUAAAAAAAUAGAACCAAAAAUGCCUUAAGUGUCCGUUAUUCAGCAGUACGGUAUAUGAUUUUUGUAUAGUUUUGUGUUAUACUUUGAAUUGAGUGAAGGAACUUAAAACAUUUAGCUCAUGCAAUCUUAAAAUAUAUUCUCUAAAAUGAUAAGUGUGUUAAUUAAUGCGAUCAGUUAUAUUUAAAUUAUAGUAUUAAUGAAAUGCGAUCUGUACAAAUGUAAACCCUUAGAAAACGAAAGAUCUGUCUAACACCACAAAUAUUCUUGCAAACAAAAUCAAAUUUUAUAAAAGUUGAUGUUUAGAGGGUUUAUAGCAAGUUUUUGCUAUUGAGGAAAAUAAUGGUAUAAUAUAUUAGUUAAGGCAACCAACACAUAUGAUUUCUCGAAAUUAGCUCAUGGUUUUAUAAAAAUAACAAUAUGUAGGUGUCUAAAAAGCACAAAAAUAAUCAUUUAUGUUUCCUGCCCCGAUAGUGUAUUAUAGCAUAUUAUAGCAUCUAGUUUUAUUUUUUAAUUUAAUGUUUUCACUCUUCGAACUACUCUUCGUGGGAUCUGUUGAUUAGAAUCCCGAAUUUCAUCGAGUUGAGCUCGUAUUAAGCUUGGCUCUAGUUGUAUAACAAAGAGUGAGUAAUCGCAACUAUAGUUUGGUUUUUGUAAGAAUUAUUCAUAUCAUUAAUUACCAGAGUUUUUACCAACAUUACAUACUUCGCCUUACGAUACAAAUCUACAUUAUAUAGGUUUGUAAUGCGUAAUACGUAAUGUAAAGGAUUUCAUACAGACACACAAUGCAGAUUCAAUCAUGGGGGAACGUGUUUAAUUUUUAAAUGAACAAUUUUACUUUAAAUUAGCAUAGUCUUGAGUUUGAUAUGCUAUUAUAAAACCCUAGCAUAGCGCAAUUAGGAAAUAUUUAUAAUUUCUCUUCUAAGUUAAAAAGAAAAAAAGGUUGAUAUAGUUUGUCUCAAUUUGAUAUUGUCUCAAUUUGUUAUUAUUAGUUAUAUAUUUUUGAUACAUCAAUCUGAUCCAGCAGUAAGGGAAUGAAUGGUUAAAAAAGGAAAAUUUCAAGGAAUAUGAAAUAAUCUGAACAGAGUGGUGAACUUUAGUUAGUUGCAGACGCUUAACUGAAGAUGAAUCUUUCAAUCAAUAUCAGCUAUACUUUAUAAUCUCUAAUCAGUCGUUUGAAUGGGUUCAUAAUAAUCGUCACAAAACCGGCACUUAAAAUCGUUUAAGUGCCCAUUUUUAAGAACAUUUCAAGGCUCUUCAGUUUUCUUUCUAUUGUCGUGUUAAAAAGGCUUUAAAAUUGGAAUCUCACAUUGAGGACCUCCUACCAUUCUUCACAACAACAACAACAAAAAAACACACGCCCGGAUGGGAACACUUGUAAAAGCACGCGCGACUGCCAGUUAUGAGCUAAAAGCUUCACAGCGAAUUACGUGUACGGAUCUCCGCCAAAGAAAAGCGGCAGUUAAUCGAAAGACAUUGCACGAAAGCGUGUUGCCGCCCUGCGCCCCAUACGUGUCGUGUUGUGUACACACACAAUUGGCUGGGCCCUCAAUUGAUAGCUUUAUGUCUCCGGUCGCUCCGGUGUAUGCCAUGGGAAUACCGUGGAAUCUUAAUUUUUCGCCAACCGACCCCGCUUCUACCACUCUCUCCCGGUGGCACAAAGGGGCCGGGAACUUUAAUCUUUUCCCAUCGCAUGCUAUUGAAUUGCCGAAACGGUGGCGCGUCGAGCGCUCGGAGCGAUGCGAUGGGAUGCUUUUUCGCAGAAGCCUUGAAGCUUUGUUGUUGUUUAGGCAGUCACGUUACGGUGAGCAAAGUCGAAAGGCACCCGUUCGGAACGGAAGCAUGCUGGGAUUGGGUGGUCGCGAAAGUUUGAUGCGCUACGGUGGUGCGCAUGCGCUCGCUGGAAGUGUGCGUGAGUGCCGGUAGGGUUCGUUCGUUUCGACCACGUUUGCAUUCGUACGUGUCGGCGUUUCGGUACGCUUCAUUCCGGUUUCAGUAGGGCAGUGGUGCGGUACGUUUGCCCGCUAAGGACGAUCCAUAAGGACCACUGGUCCUUUUUGAAGCUUCUAUUUGGAAGCCAGGACUUGGGUGCAACUAGUGUGUGUAGCUUUUUGGCUUUAGUUAAGUUAAAAUCUCGUGCAAACAGUGUGCAGCUUUUGAUUAGCUCGUGACCCAGAAGUCACCCAAACGAUUUCAAUCCCAAACCUAAUAAGAAAAUACAGCAAACUCCGACCGUAUUGCUGGAUGCAGCUUGUCUGCAGUGUCAGCCCCAUCCUCCAGUGGCAUCAUAAAAAUGAAUUAAAGUUGCAAGCACGACCAAUUGGGCGACAUUGUACAGUGGUGGAAGGCGCCAAGCGGAAGAUGUAAAGUGCAGUGGGUGUGGGUGUGUGUGUAAUAGCGUGUGAAGCAUGAGGUAAAGGCCAACACGAUGUUGCCUGGCGUCAGUGAUCGGUGGGCAAGCGUGUUUUAACGGCUUCGGCUUUAUCGUUCGCCUUCAUCGAAGUAAUUGAUCAUUUGGAUGCACCGACCGCGAGUCCGGGUAAGGUGGAGGU